AUGUCGACUCGCUUUCCAGUAGAUUCGUUACAAUGCACUGAGUUUAAGGAUUGGAUUCAAAGUGUUCCCAAUGAUAUACAUAAAGCUAGAUGUAGUAUAGGUAAGAAAACUUUUACACUAAGUAACAUGGGUAGAAGAGCAUUGAGGAGUCAUGCUAAAGGGACUGACCGUAAAAAAAGAGUAAAAGAAAGACCUGAAAUUUUGAAGUUAACACCCUAUUUUUCAAACAAAAGUAAAGAAAGGUCACAUAUUGCAGAGUCUAAUGUUGUUACUACUUCCAUGCCUGAUUCAUCAAGAGUUGUUUCAAGUUUCUCUCUUGAACCCUCAAUUUCCUCUUUAGCAUCUUCAAGUUCCUCUUUGGCUCCUUCAAGGGCAUUGAAAACGUUUUUAAUUAAUGAUUCAGUCGUUAAAGCUGAAAUAUUAUGGUGUUUACAAACCAUAAUGACACAUAAAUCUUUGAGAGCAACUAGUGCUGAUGUUCUUUUGCUUCAGAAUAUGUUUACUGAUAGUCUGAUCGCUCAAAAAAUGCAGCUACAACGAACUAAAAUUGCAUAUUCAAUUUUGUACGGUAUUGCUCCUUAUUUUAAGGAUAACUUGUUACGAAAGUUAUCAGAUGUGAAGUGUUUUACUGUAGGAUUUGAUGAAUCUUUAAAUAAAGUAUCACAAAGGACUCAAACGGACAUUAAUGUCCGUUUUUGGAACUUAGAAAAAUCAGAAGUUAGCACUAGGUUUCUUACUUCAAUGUUUUUGACUAGUACUACUUCGGAUGCCUUAAGAACAACAUUCAAAGAUGCUUUGAAACCUAUUUUAAAUAUAAAGUACAUAGUGCAAAUUGCGAUGGAUGGACCAAAUGUGAACCAAAAAAUUUUUCGUGACCAAAAAGAAGAGAUUCAAUCAGAAGAUGAGGCUAACAUUAUCAGCAUAGGCACAUGUGGACUGCACACUAUGCAUUUAAGUCUGCUGUGA